GGUGAGUACCACUCACUCAUUGACUCGCGUACGCCCGCACGUCCGUCCGUCGGUCGGUCGGUUCGACUGUCUGUCCAUCCUUACUUCUUACAUACGUAGGUACCAAACGAACGAGGUACAUACGUACGCGCGACCAUCCGAAGACGGUACCGUGGCCGUUCCGUGUCUUGCGCGACUUCAAGAACAUCGGUACCAUCCUCUUCUGGAGAGAGACCAUUAGGAGAGGGAUUAGGAUUGGGAUAGACCCCUUUUAAAAAUGGUCACUGGGGAUAUGUUGUACGUCUUCGGGAUCCUCGUGGUCCUCAUCGUAGACAUCACCGGCAUCAUCAAGGUCCAGGGGAAACCUCAGCAGAUAAAACCAGGAUGCAGAUUCGAGGGCCGUCGUUAUCGCGAAGGGGACGUGGUGAAUACAUCCGAACCGUGUUUGCAGUGCAGAUGCGUCGAGGGUUCUCCUCGUUGCAGAUUGCGGGUCUGUCCACGACUUCCAAAUCCGCCACCUCCAGGUUGUCGCGUCAGACCGCCUGGGGAGAAGGUUUGCUGCGCUGAAAUAAUCUGCGGGAGGUCGAGCUGGAAUUUACUUGUAGAUGAGGCCGAUAACGAUCUGAGGAGGAUCAGCACUGGAACUGGGGAGAAAUCGGAAACCGACGGUUGCCUCCACGAGGGCGUCAAGUAUGGUCCGGGAUCCGCCAUGAUGGGAGCUAGAAGAUGCGAGUAUUGCUAUUGCAUAUCAGGUAGCAGAAGAUGCGUCAGGCCCAAGUGUCUUCUCCCCUUACCUGGAUGCACUCCGCUUUACGCGCCUCAUUCCUGCUGUCCCGUCGCCUACAAUUGCACACAUCCACAUGCGUCCACGACCAUCACUUCGCUCGCGGGAAACGGAUGUCGCGUCGGCGAGAGAAUCUACGAGGAAGGCGAAAUGGUACGAGAAAUUGGCUGGAAGGCACCCUGCGACAAUUGCUUUUGUGCCAUGGGGGCGGUCCGCUGCGUUCCCCUCUCUUGCGCUCCGCCACUUCAGGGUUGCAGUCCGAUUGUUCGCGAAGGACAGUGCUGUCCGUCCACCUAUAAUUGCAGUGGAAGCAUCGAGGUGAAGGCUACCCAGAAUUAUGCGUCCUACGCAUUCAUCAGCAAGGACUACGCAAAGUUCCGAAAGGAAACGAAUUUCUUUCCCAUCGAUAACAGUCUGUCGAACGCUAUUCCUGAAGGAAGGGGUCACCGCAUUGUGGAUAAAAAUUUAAGUAUAUCAAACGACAGUUUGACAUUAAACUCAACCGACACGACCAUCAGUCUCGAGGAAUCAUCGACCGUCGAUACGGCUUCCUCGAUAACGUUGAUUCUCGAGACAGAGACCAUGGACAACGAGAUCCUAGCGGAGACAACUGAUAGCGACAGAUAUACUACCACUCUUGAAUCGACAUCGACGCAGACGUCAACCGAGAUGGCGGUGAAUCAGGAAUGUACAUUUUCCGAUACUACCACCUGGACGAUACCAGAUCAUCACACUGCGAGUACGUCGCUUCUAAAUUCUCCGACUUCCGUCGUAGAGUCUACCACCAUAGACGAGAUACCCUCGACGGUAGGAUUAACGGAAGAUCCGUCGACGUUGUCCUCGGACACUGUGGAAUCUACUACGUCGACUCCUCGGGAAGGUGCCGUUACGGAGCAGCAGGAUGACGAAACCAAGAUAAUAGAUAGUUUAUCGCAAAGUACAAUUCCAGUUUCUAACGCCUCCUCGUUAACAGAAUCUUCGUCAACAAUCAAUAUCGAGGACGUGGAACAUACAAUAGACCGGGAGAAGUUCUCUAACAUUCAAAUGGGAUCGAUAAAAGGUCCUGUGACGAGUCUGCCGACGACAAUACUCAUGCCUGACGACAUUCUCGUCAUGAACGUGACUGUUAAGACGAACGUGUCCGUGGGGCACAUUCAAGGGGUCACAAUAAAUCCAGUCAGAUCAAUUCCACCGGAUGUCGAGGCCAUAUUGAAUAUCACUCACCGUGAAAAGGGCGAGGAUUACGAAUACGACUAUGGCGAACCUACUUUGCCACCGUCCCUACCAAAUGUCAGGAUAAUACCCUUUGUCGCGGCCGACGCCCUAGUCAAGGACGACAAGGACAUCGCCAGUACCGUCACAGGAUAUCCAUCCGGUUCCGUAGGAGUACCACCUGAAUUACAUCCCACGGAUGUACCGGGCUUCUAUGACAUCGUCACCCAGGAGAACCGUUUCAGUCCUCCGGUAGAGACAGAAGGAGGUUUCGUUCCUCGGGAGCCGUCUUACUUCGAUCCACCGUCUUACCACUCUACGGAUCUCAAUUUGGAAAUCGGUACAGGAGUCACUGUUCUACCAGCUGCCAUAACAAAUCCCCAUCGAAAGAACGACGAGGAUCUCGCCAGCGACUGUCUCUUUGAGAAUCGGGAGUAUCAACAUGGCGCUCUUCUGCCGAGCAGUGGACUGUGUAUAAUAUGCAUUUGCUACUACGGCGACGUUGUGUGCUCUGACGAGAAGUGUCCACCUUUGAAGAUUGGCUGUAGACGAGUCAAUGUUGAGAAAGAAUGCUGCGGUAAAAAUGUUUGUGUCGAUGCUGACGAGUCCCCAACAGUGGUUCUGGACCGCGCCGACGCGACGGCACCUUCGCAACGGCAGCCGAUAACGUUCGUCGACGGUAUCGUAUCUCCAGAUCCCUUCAGAGACGUCAUAAAGACCGAACCAGCGCCGGAUUUGCCGUCCCUCAUAGAAGAUAUGAUCCCAUACCUGGUGGAACAUGGUAUAACGACGCCUAGACCGACAACGCCGAUGACAACGACAACUUCUCAAAAGUUAAUCGUCCAGAAUGUCGGUUCUAAUAAAUUACAGCAUUAUAAAGAUUUUAUUGGCAUAAUUCCAUUGGUUCAUGGACAAUCUUAUGAAUAUCAUCGCGAAGAGGAUACUCCAAGUUUACUUACUUCGAACAAAGACGCUUAUGACUUUCCUACUGUUCCCGAGAGCUCUGGAACAAUUCAAUAUGGUCCAAACGAUUCUACGAAGGAGGAUUCUACUUUAGAUUCUGGUAUCAGGACUUCAGGAUUUACCUACAAUAAUCAUACUCUCAGUAGAUUGGACUACAGUACACCUGAAGUGACUACAGGAAGUAUCGAUCAGAAUCAUUCAAUGAUCCUUGUCAAUGUUACCGACACUAAAGAGAGUGGACCCUUGUCUAAUUCAAAGAUCGUCCAUCCAACGGAUCACAAGAUACUGAUCAAUGAAAAUAUGUCCAAUCCAGAUUUAUCAACGUUGUCCAUAACGUCAACGGAAACACUAUUACCACACCAGGACGAAGAAGACGCAUCGAUUUUUUCAUUCGACAGUGUAUUAGACUUACUGUUUUCCGGCACGACAACGACGAAAGUCCCGAAAAUGUCAACCACGAAACAUCCUGAGGAUUUUAUAUCCUCAUCAUCGCCCACCAAACCUCCCGCCACUUCCGUGUCCAUAAAGGCUCCGUUCACAACGAGAUCUACAACCCUUCCGCCGUCAACGAGGAAGAUCAUGACAACAACAGCGGCGAGAACGACGGGGACAACAUCGACUACGUUAAUGCCGGAAAAGACGAUGAAACUACCAACAAGCUCAUCCUCGAUAAAUAUCCUUGAUAACGAUGUGCCCCUAGCUGUGGCUAGUCUGCUGAAACUGGCGGGUUGUAACAUUUAUGGGAGAAUGUAUCGGGUCGGUAGGAUCAUAACGGAAUUAUCAGGUCCAUGUUUGGAAUGUAGAUGUACGGAGAUUGGGGUUCAAUGUGAAGAAUUAGGUUGCUGAUCUAUCCUCGUACCGAUACUAUACUAUACCAUGACACCAAGAGGGACAAAAGUCUCGAUGAUGCCCGACUUGCCAUGGUAGGUCCUUACUAUCAUUUCUCGUUAAAGUUUAAGAGAGGAGAAGUUACGGAUCCGAGCUCAGUGGAGUUCGAUAUCCUACAGUUGUUUUCAAGUUGUCCUUACGAUUGGUGUACUCUGUAUUUCCGAGUAAACGGCAAUACACCGGCUGAAGUGGAAGAAAUUGUUUACAAGAUAUAUCUAUAUACACAUUGGGUUCUAUUGCAGCUGCAGGGGAGCGAGAGUCGGAACGGAGUUCGCGAGUUAGAGAUAAAUACAUUUUAGCGAUAGUUAAGCCGUAAGAAUGAUCUCAAUAGUAAUCAACUUUACGUAGCUAAUCGAAUUCGUCCAUUAGAGCUGGUCCACAAUGCGCCUAGUACGCACAGUGCUAUAAAGUAAAUUCGAAAAUAGACGAUAACCUAGUAUCUGAAUUUAUCAGUCAGGAUGCCUUUGCAUAGAGAAACAGCUUAUAUGUAAGUUAUGAUGAUGAUAUGAGUAUAUGUAAAAUAGAUAUUAUAUGUGAUAUAUUAUAUGCAUGUAUCAACCCUAGUAAUAUUGGCUUAAAGUAUUUUUCCAUAGCAGAACGGUUAUGAUAUUAUUGUGUGCGCAUGCGCAGAGACCCAGAGAAUACGACCGUUUGUAUUACAAUGUGAUCCGAGCCUAGAAGCCACAGAAUCUCUGUGCAAGCAUUACAGUUAUUUGUUUUACAAGAUCAAGGUGCAUAUCUCGGCAAAUGAGAAAUUCCGGAGCCCUUAAGGCGGUACAAGUUUUUUCCCUUUUUCUUUUGAAGACUGCAGAGCGCCGCAGUUGCGACUCGUACAAAGAGAGAAAAAUAAAAGGACGGCGAUGCUACACCGGGUCGACUUUUACCCUUCACAAUGGAUUCAGCACAGUUCGGUAUAGUCCUUUUCAGAGAGCCUUAAUUCAGAUAAGGUAAGCUUAAAGCCCACGCCCCUGAGUGCCGCAUAGAGGCUUGUAUUAUAAGUUCGAUAAUAAACGUUUAUAAUAUCUUUUUAAGCGGCCAGUUAUGCCAUCCUGGUUACGCCAUCUCUCUUUGGUUCUUGGGAAAGUGAGUUGUGCUUAUUCUCUCGCUAUCUCUUCUUUCCUUCUCUCUCUCUCUCUCUCUCUCUCUCUCUCUCUCUCUGUCUAUAGUCGAUACGAAAACGGGACUUUUUCGCUUCAAGAAGAUCGAGAUCUUAUUAACUUGAAUCUUCCCACUGAGCCUUUAUCAGACAAGAAGGCGCCUUUGUACGCUUAUAUACUGAUUCGGAGAAUUCCCCUUGCUUUAUCUUCAGCAAUUACAUUUGGACUAUAAAAAGAACUCGGUAAAUUCGACCCGCGGCAAAUUUCUUCAUAACGUCCAUUCGAAGUAUCAUCCUUUCGGUUGAACGAUUCGCCCUAGAAUUCUUCUUUAAUUGUGACAUCUGGCGGUGAGUUUGCAGAGGGUGGCUAUCACUGUAUUCUCUUAACCUUAGCUUCGAGUAGCGAAGAAAUGAUUCGGUGUGUACGGAGGCGCUCGGCGCGGGGUAAAGCUUGACUCUCGUAAAAGUUCGGCAAUUCGAAUCG